AAUAUUUUGUGCAGAAAGAACCUGCUCAAUUCUACGCGUCAAUCAUAUACUUUUUUCAAAGUCGCCGUCUGGUCUCAGUCCGCGCGUGAGCCAUAGAACGCCGGAGCUUCCUAAGCGGUCCACUCCCCCAUCCCGGCCUCCCCCAUCCCGACCUUCCCAUCCACUUUACUAACCAGAAAAUUUCGAGCUUUCUUCUUUGGAAUUGGGGUUUUGGUUUGCCGUAGAAGGUUGAUGGAUCUCCGACAACCUCGUGUUCGAUUUGCGCUACUAAUCGCUGGAGUUAUCGCCCUCAGCAUGGCAGCUGAAAAGUUCAGGGAAUUGGUUGGAGAAGAUGCUUCAUCCAAAAGUGGCAAGUUCACAUUUUUGAACUGCUUUGAUAUGGGCUCCGGUACAUUAUCAUGUAUCAGCAAAGAGGGUGUUAAGCUCUACGUAUACAACAUUCGAAGUAAGCAUGUUGAAAAUGUAAGGCAACGAGCAAUUGAGGUUGCAUUGACCGAUGCACUAAAAGAAGGGCUAACUGCCAGUGCUGCAGCGAAGCAGGCACAGAAGGUGGGUCAGAAUGCCGCAAAAUUAGCUUCUCGACAGGCCAAACGUAUCGUAGGACCUAUUAUAUCCUCGGGUUGGGAUUUCUUUGAAGCUGUCUAUUAUGGUGGCUCUAUGAUGGAAGGAGUUAUUAGAGGAAUUGGAACCUUGUUUGGGACCUAUGCAGGUGGCUUUCAUGGUGAAGAAAUUUUUGGAAAAUUGGGUUAUCUGCUUGGAAGCCACAUGGGCAGUUGGGUUGGAGGGAGGAUAGGCUUGAUGGUAUAUGAUGUGUGUAAUGGGAUGGCUCAUGUUCUUCAGCUUUUCACGACAGAAGGAACCACUGGUAGUGAUUUUAGAGUCAAUGAAGAUGUACAGUCUGAAGAUUCAUACAGGAUCGAAGAGAACACUGCUUUUGAUGAUGCAUCCGUAAUUGAUCAGAAUACUAACUAUGAAUCUUUCCGUGAAGAUACUGAUUACAGUGAAAAUUCUAAUGAGAGAUCUGAAGACUCUAAUGGUUGGGGAUUCUUUUCUGGGAGAUAAUACAGACAGAAGUUAAAAUAUCAAAUGACAUCUUGAUUUGCUGCAUUCAAGCUGAGCCCUUAAGGCUUUGUUUGGGACAGCUUUCUUACUGCUUUUUAAAGCCAUUUUUUAGUACAUCAUUUUUAAUUUUUGUACCAAAAAACUGUUUUAAGAAGCAAUAAGAAAGUCGUCCCAAACGAAGCUUAAAUGAUUGAUUUGCUUUACUAUAAAUAUUCAUGUAUUAGAUUUCUUUAGUGAAUACAUGAGUUUGACCAAGAGGUUUAUUUUAGGUUAUAUAAAUUGAGGUUUAUUUUAAAUUU